AUGCCGAUAAUUCGAAUCCCUCGAGAUGCCGAUGCAAACAUCGCAGAUCACCGGCCCAUGCCCAAGAGCUCCGAGGGCCUCAUCAUCGAGGCCUGGUCGCAGGGCUAUCUUGUGGGAUCGCUUGUCAUCAUGAUCUUCAUCACCCUUGCCAACAUGCGCAGAGGCGUGCUUUUACACAAAAUGAUUCUCAUAGAGCUACUUCUGGGAAUAUGGCAAGGCUUCUGGCUGUUCCCUGGUGGGAAAGCUAGCAGCUGGUGGCUGUCAGUCGCAGCCAUUCCGCUGAACUUAUCAUGGUUCCUACACAACAUCAUCUCGUGGAUGAAGAUCAAGCCCUUCCUUUCCCGCUUCUGGAGCCUGGUUUUCCUAUACACCUGUUUACUCUCAUUUCCCUACUGGGUCAUCGAAAUCUAUGCGAACUUCUCAUACUUCAACGGACACAGCAACUGGUUCAAAAAGUCACGUCCACUUGAACUCCUCUUUCGAGAUCCCUGGUGGAUCAUCACGACAAUCUACCUGUUCACGAUUAUCAAGACACACUACGCUAUGACCAUUAGAGAUAUCAUCCGGAUCUCACCACGCUUCGGUAUCAUGCUUGCCUCGAUGAUCAUAAGUAUUAGCUUUGUCAUCUGUGACGUGUGCGCCGUUACAGGCGCUAUCAAACUCGCAGGCAACGCUGAUACCGGCAUCAACCCGUUCUGGAAGCUCGCCUUCGUUUUCAAAUGUCUUACCGAUUCAGUCAUUCUGGACGAUUUCAAGAUGGCGCUUGACCGGUUAAGAGCGUUCAAAAUAAGUCGUUUGGGAAGCUACUCCGCGGACAACAGCGAUCGCCGAACUCGCAACGACAACAACCUCGUCCAGACCUGGGAGAAGGCCGAGCGCGAAGCAAAAGAGAACAACCGUAACCUCUCCGACAUGGGAACCAGCUCAGACGACCAUGAUCCGCACGACAGUGGCGAAGGCUCUGCGGGCUUUCAAUUCCCAUUCCAAAACGGCCACGCUGGAAAACAAAAAGAACCUGCUUCUGGACCCGACCAGUCCUUUUUCCAGCAAGGCGAGCAGUAUCGCGAUCCCUUGAGCAUGGUGCGCAGCGCAUUCGACGACGACUCGGGCCCUUCGUCGGUGCAGUCGCUCGACGCUGCACACCAGCCGAAGAAGCAAUACCAGCCCGCGGACCUGAAUACGUGGUACGAUGAGUCCGAUCCGAACGACGCACAGGACGUGGACGUACUUGAGUUGUACGCCAAUGCGCAGCGCGACGUCGAGGGCCACCAUCCGCCGACGAGUCCACGGAAGAACUUCCCACGGCGCUCGCACACAACAGUCUGA